AUGAGAAAAGAGCCGUUCGGUGCCUGGGUUUCGAUGCUAGAUACCGUGUACGAGUAUGGCUGGCUCGUAUUUUCCGAUCGCACACAUCCCGACUUUCCCGACGAACAAGAGCUGGUCGCCAUUGUUUAUGACGGCUUUGGCGACGGACUGGACGCCUCCGAAUUUUCUGUUGAGGCCGACCCGAUAGAGGCCGACCCGAGCUCCUGA